AUGGCUUCUUUGCAAAGGAAAGGGCUGCAGGCAAGAAUUCUCAGCGCUGAAGAAGAGGAGAAAUUGAAAAGAGACCAGGCUUUAAUGUCUGAUUUUAAACAGCAAAAACUGGAAAAAGAGGCUCAGAAGAACUGGGACCUUUUUUACAAAAGAAAUAGCACUAACUUCUUCAAAGAUAGACACUGGACCACCAGAGAGUUUGAGGAACUCAGAUCAUGUAGAGAGUUUGAAGAUCAAAAAUUGACUGUGCUUGAAGCUGGCUGUGGUGUUGGGAACUGUUUAUUCCCGCUUUUAGAAGAAGAUCUGAAUAUCUUUGCCUAUGCCUGUGACUUUUCUCCAAGAGCAGUUGAGUAUGUCAAGCAAAAUCCUUUAUAUGACACAGAAAGAUGCAAGGUGUUCCAGUGUGAUCUAACCAAAGAUGACCUUCUGGAACAUGUGCCCCCAGAGUCCGUGGAUGUUGUCAUGUUGAUAUUUGUCCUCUCUGCUGUUCACCCUGAUAAGAUGCACCUUGUCUUACAAAACAUUUACCAGGUAUUAAAACCAGGCAAAAGUGUCUUGUUUCGUGACUAUGGGCUGUAUGAUCAUGCCAUGCUUAGGUUUAAAGCUGGCAGCAAACUUGGAGAAAACUUUUACGCUAGACAAGACGGAACCAGAUCGUAUUUUUUUACUGAUGAAUUCCUGGCUCAGCUCUUUAUGGACACAGGUUACGAAGAAGUGGUGAAUGAAUAUGUGUUUCGUGAGACGGUGAAUAAAAAAGAAGGCCUGUGUGUGCCGAGGGUUUUUCUUCAGAGCAAAUUCCGAAAGUGUCCUAAGAACCCAACACCCUUGACCCUGGGCCUGGGUCACAAGUCCUGACCUUUCACAAGGUUGACAUUUGUGCCUCCCCUUGAAGAGGAAAGUUUGAAGUAACUCUAUUUUGUAUAUUUUUAUAUUUUAACUUUUUAAAAAUGAGCAUAUAUAAUUUUUAUAUGAAAAGGUAGCAAGUGUGUGUGUAUAUUACAACAAUGCAAAUAAAAUUUCCAGGCCUGAAAAGUAAAGAAAGUUUGAUGGUAUAAUGUAGUGCAGCCAGGCUGUCUGGCUGAAAUUCCACGAAGGGAAAAGCAUAAGCGCUUAAAGAGAUCCUUGCCGUCACUACUGCGAGUCUGUAAGUGUGCCCCCAGGCAGCAUGUCAGGCAGCCCUGCGGAAAAAUGAGGCCAAAUAGACUGAAAUAACACAUCCAGAUGUAUUUUUAGCCUGAAGGAUUGUUCUCUUUUUCCAGUGUCUCCUAUUUGCCCGUUUUUCUCCGCUUCAGUUCAUUUAUGUGCCUCUUCAAGACCAGUGUUUCACAAAUACAGCUUUUGCUAUGACUCGAGAACCCA